AUGGAUCAUGAUAUGCAUAACAUGCCACCACCCUCAUCAUCAUCAAUGACGAAUCAUACGAAACCCCACAUGAUGAUGAUGCACAUGACCUUCUUCUGGGGCAAGAACACGGAGGUUCUCUUCUCUGGCUGGCCCGGGACAAGCUCCGGCAUGUACGCUCUAUGUCUCAUCGUCGUCUUCUUCCUCGCCGUAAUCGCCGAGUGGUUAGCUCAUUCUCCGAUCUUCCGGGCUGAUGGCUCCACCGACCGCACCGCAGGGAUCGCUCAGACCGCCGUGUACACACUCAAAACUGGCCUCUCGUAUCUCGUGAUGCUCGCCGUUAUGUCCUUCAACGGCGGCGUUUUCAUCGUCGCUAUCGCCGGAUACGCGGUGGGGUUCCUGCUCUUCGGAAGCACUGUUUUCAAGAAACCAUCCGAUGAUCGGAAAACCGCCGAACUUCUCCCGCCGUCGUCAGGCUGUGUUUGCUAA